GAGGGGCGCCGGGGAGCGCGCACGGAGCGGCGCCUCAGCCGCCCUGCUUCCUGGAGCUGUGCUCCUUUGACCCCAGUGGCAGUCCCUGUCACUGCACCGCUCGCGCUCCCUCUGGCUCGCCGCGCCCUCGCUCCCUCUCCUCGCCCCCUCGCUCGCUCUCUCCCCAGAACGAGGCUGCUCGGGUCCUUUCUCCCCCCCCCCACCCCCGCCUCCCUCUCGUGCCGCGCCCCCCGGCCCCCAGCCCCAGCGCGCGGCGGGACCUCCGGGGUCGAAGGUUCUGGCCCGCCCGCGCCCCUCGCCGCCCCCGCGCGCCCCCCGCACGCCUCCCUCCGGCUCCGGCCGCUCCGCGAUGGAUCGCCUGCUCGUUGGGCGCUGAAGGCAUCCCCGGGACCCGGAGCGCAGCUCGGGAAAGAAACGCACAGUGGUAUUGAUGAGUAGAUCCUUGGAUUCAGAGGUUGGCUGAAACACACCAUGCCUGCGUCCAUCCUUUGCUCCGGAAAGUUGUGAAUUGCUCAUGCCUAUAGGGAGGAAGGAUGGCUCAUGGGAUUCCUUCUCAAGGCAAAGUUACCAUAACGGUGGAUGAGUACAGCUCAAACCCCACCCAGGCAUUCACGCACUACAACAUCAACCAGAGCAGAUUCCAGCCGCCACAUGUACAUAUGGUCGACCCCAUCCCAUAUGACACUCCAAAACCAGCGGGCCACACGCGGUUUGUCUGCAUCUCAGACACGCACUCCAGAACAGAUGGUAUCCAGAUGCCUUAUGGGGACAUCCUUCUCCACACAGGCGAUUUCACCGAGCUGGGACUGCCCUCAGAGGUUAAGAAGUUUAAUGACUGGUUAGGAAACCUGCCAUAUGAAUAUAAAAUAGUGAUUGCUGGGAAUCAUGAACUGACAUUUGAUAAGGAAUUCAUGGCAGACCUUGUUAAACAGGACUACUACCGUUUCCCCUCUGUGUCCAAAUUGAAACCAGAGGACUUUGACAACGUUCAGUCCCUCCUGACAAACAGUAUUUACUUACAAGACUCGGAGGUAACAGUGAAGGGAUUCAGGAUAUACGGGGCACCUUGGACCCCGUGGUUUAAUGGAUGGGGCUUUAACCUGCCCAGAGGUCAGUCUCUGCUGGACAAGUGGAACCUCAUCCCUGAGGGCAUCGACAUACUCAUGACACACGGACCUCCUCUAGGUUUUCGAGACUGGGUUCCAAAGGAGCUUCAAAGAGUGGGCUGCGUGGAGCUUUUAAACACCGUCCAGAGGCGAGUCCGGCCCAAGCUCCAUGUUUUUGGUGGCAUCCAUGAAGGUUACGGCAUUAUGACCGACGGUUAUACAACGUACAUCAAUGCCUCAACGUGUACAGUCAGCUUUCAACCGACCAACCCUCCAAUUAUAUUUGACCUUCCAAACCCACAGGGUUCCUGAAGCUCCGAAAGCCCAAUUGGAAUGUGAGGGAAGGUCUAUAAACUGCCAUUUUUCUAAUUAUAAACUUACAUUCUCUUACUUGUUUAUUUCCAAAUCCUGUGAGUUCUUUUUGUAAAUUACUGGAACACAAAUGACGCUAGAGGUUGUGCUUCUCCUUUAUUUUAUUAUUAUUUUUUUUAAAUGGGGCAUCCAUUCGAAAUGAAAGGAGCAUUGUGAAUUUGUAAAAUGACUUCCGUUUUCUUAAAGGCCACGCCAUUGUAAAUUGUUAGUAUUCGCCAAAGGACAGCCAAGCUUUCUUUUUAAAAAGGUGAUGAAAGUCUUAUUUUAAUAUGCUUUAAGCUGGAAGAAAAAGGAAAAAAAAAAAGAAAGAAAAACAGGUAGGUAGUGUUUUAAAAACCACCCAGAUUUGCACAACUGUUUAAGAGUAUUGUUUGAAGUGUUUUAUUUUUUGAUGUUUUGUUGUUGUUGUUUUCUUGGUAAACCUUCUUUUUUGCAGACAUGGCCUGGAUUUAUAGCAAUCUUUUCAGCAAAAGUAGGCGUGGAAAAGACUUCUCUUCACACUCUCACUAUAAAGAAAGCUGCGUCCAGGGAAGAAAACGGCCCUCGUUUAAAGGAUGGCUUAGCUAGUGAGAUCUGUACUGUGGUUAUACAAGAUCUCAUUGUUUGUUUGUUUCUUUUAAAUUAUUUUAGCUUUAAAAAUAUGGAAAUGGAAUCUGUCAAGAGCAGGUAUUUCAUACAGUUAAAAAAACAAUUGAGCGUGCAGACUCCUUUUCAGUAUGGGUUUAUAUAUAUAAAUAUUUUUUGUGUAUUAUGACUAAGUUAGGAGUUUAAUAUUGCCAAGGACAGUACAACUGCAAAGGGAUGCUUUAUAGCAGGGCAUCAGAAGUCCGAAGGGGCUGACACAUUGUCUCAGAGCUCAAGGUCUCAAAGAGCUUGAGUUAAGUCUAGGUACAGUUACAGGCAUGUACAGACUUACAUGGAUGCAAUGGAAGGUAACUAAAAUAAGGCUUAGUCGUCCUUUAUAUUUAAAUACCCUGCAUUGUCUUCUUACUUCCUCUCCCUCCCCCCAUUUUGCACUGUGUGUCGAUGCAAUCUUCGCUAGCACAAAAUAUUGUCGCUAAUAGUCAUUUCUGUUUUCCCAUUGUAAAUGCUGUUGAGCUUUAUUCUAUUUUAUGUUAUCUUGUUAAUGAAAUUUAGGAAAGCAGUUGUUUCUUUUAAAUUUAUUGUGAUAUUCUAUAUCUAGCGGCCUUUAUAUGCAAAUAAAAUUGCAAGAUUUUUAAAUCUGUCCUGUUUGGAGGGUUGGCUGGUAGGAGGAUGGUGGUUUAGUCCUGGGGAAGGGGUGGGGGGAUUUAUUCAUAUGCAGCAUUAGUACUGCCUUCCAGAAGAAUUAGAGUAAGUGAUUUUUUUUUCUGAUUUUCAAUAAAUUUUUAUUACCCACCAUUCACAGGCCAGCAGGUAGAUCGAUAAGGCACUCAGUCUCCUCUUUCCUUCCAUCACACUGUCAUCUAUCUUGCCGUAGGCUUCAGAGGGUGACUAUUUCGUCUUGACCAUUGUGAUUUCUGUAGGAAGGGUCACGUGCAGUGGAGGCUAGGGAUGGUUUUGUGGUUGUGUGCGUGCUGGAGAGAGGGUGAACCAGUGGGUAAGAGAGUAACCACUAUUCGGUCUCGUUUGUCCCCAGGAGCUGUUACCGUUGCCCCCUUGCUGUUCUUUAUUUAUGUCCAUCACUAAAAUGUUAUGGCAGCCAGGAGUCAACAGGCACAAUGGGGUGUGGUAAACUAAAUAAUAUUUUCCAUAUUUUCUCUGGAACAGCCAGUGAAGAAAAACAGCAUGAUCUCAAAACUGCAGUGUAGCCCAAAAGUCUACAUUCCAGUGCCCAUUGGAUCGUAUUCUGACAGAUCUUCCUUUCCUCCUUCUGUUGUGGACUCUUUGGUGUAACUGAUGAAAAGAAUCCUUGAUUUCAGUACCCGCUGGGUAGAGAGAAUGUUUUAGGCCAGAAUUCCAGCUCAGACUCACGUGUGUAGCCAUCUUAAUUGUUAAUAUUGAUUAAGUGUCUUGGCUGCCACCCAGCGUGUGUGGUGGACACUUUGGUCCGAGCUCACAGAGCGGACACUUGACCUUCCCAAGCAGAGGUGGUCCAUGACCACAGUGGCCAUGAUGGGCCAAAAGAGGUACUGUGAGAACUUAACAACCCUCCUCUGAUCUGCCACAUCAAUAGAAGAAGGUGUUGACUUCAGGGCGCUUCCUAGGGAGCUGGAGUGAGAGUGAGAGUGACUGAAUGGAAAUUUCAUCUGGAGCUAAGCUCAGACUUCUGGAAAAGCAGGCUUUCCAGGGACAGGGGGAUGAUCAUGAUGACAAGUGUGCGUGUACAGCUUUUGACAGCACGUCUGGACACAAACUAAUUAAGCUAAGCACUUAACUAAAAGUGCUUUCCAUUGUGAGGGGGCAGGAAGCAGCGCAGCCCGCUCAAUCUGCGGGGUGGACUGGCUCGUGGUCCAGGUUCAUCAUUCCAUAUGUAUGAAUAUAGCCUCCAGGAGGGCCAGGGUGACUGUCCAAAGGCCUGAAGCUUUCUCCACUGGGCCUUCUAACAAAGGAACAUUUGAAAUAGCUCUUACAAAUUGGCACUUGCCGUCCUUUCAUCACCAGGCACUCUGCUGAGCAGGUCUCAUAUUUUGUUUCUAAUCCUCACAAAACCCUGGGAGAGGUCACAGAAGCCCCACUUUAUAGAUAGGAAACCGAGGCUCCAAAAGUUAAAUAAAUUUCCCUAGGAAAGUGGAAGGUUCAAAACCAGGUCUGUCUGAAUGAAUAGCCCCAGCCCUUUUUAACACCUGGCCUCUGGACGAGAAAAGUUGAAACCCUUGAAGAGCUGAUGAAAACCUGAUAUGGGCCUGGGGGCGUGUCUUAGCCCUCCUGUGGGAGCUGUUGGCACAUCCUUCAGAUUGGACCACAUCUUCCCUGCUUGAGCUACAGCGCACUGCAGGGGGUAUGAGCACAGGGCCUGGGGCCAGCGUGCCUGCCCAAGUCCGGGCUCCUGCUCGGACAGGCUCUGAUGCCUGCUC